GAUGACAACAGUUUAUAUUGUAAAUAUWGAGUUUAUUCCAAAUUGUAAUUGUUUUAGGCAUGUCUUUAAUUCCACGACGCGAAGAUUUUGCUGUUUAAUUCUAAAAGGAAAACAUUUUCUUUAUCAUAUGCGGCACUGCCAACCUCAAGACAGAAUCCAGACAGGCUGUGCGGAGGGCUGACUAGACAAAUCAAAACAAGUCAAAACCAGUACAACAACUUUUGGAUUCUUGGACUCUUGGAUUCGACUAAAGUCUUUAUAAGACUUACAUUAUCUUAAUGCAAAUACUCAAACGAACGACAGUAUGAAAACAAUAAAUGUUUGAUGAAGUUGAUAUAAUAUUGGCCUUCAUAUGUAGAUAUUCUGGCACUUAUUUUUCUAAGUUGUUUUACUUCGCCUCGCACUACUCAUAACACGUUAUAACAACAACAAGCCAGCUUAGACUGCACAAAUAUUAACAGAAUGGAAUUUUCUCAAAUUCUGGUGUUUUUGGCUUUGAUGACUGCAUGCUUGACACUUCUGGUCUGGAUAUUUUGCCUGCUUGGUUAUUUUUUGUGGCCAUCACUUCUAGUGGAGAUUUUCCAAAGAUGGAACAUGUACAGAGCAGGAUUCACACCAAAGACAAUUGAUGUUGGUGAUUUCCAGUUUUGCUAUAUGGAAAGAGGACUUCCAAGUGAUACAAAUCAAACAAUUGUACUUAUUCAUGGAUUUGCUGCAAGUAAAGAUGCUUGGUGCUACAUGUCACAUGCCCUUCCCAAAACAGAGCACAUCAUUGCACUGGACCUUCCUGGACAUGGAAAAUCAACCAGGAAACAUGAUGGAGACCAUACCAUACCAACACAAGUUGCUAAAUUGCAUCAGUUUGUACAUGCUAUAGGCCUUCAUCAGAGAAAGUUUCACCUGGCUGGGAUCUCAAUGGGUGGCCAUAUUGUAGGAGUUUAUGCUUCAAGGCACCCAAGCAACCUGUCAUCUGUGAUAAUGAUGUGUCCGGCAGGCAUUGAUGCCCCUCAUCUCAGUGAAUUCUUAGAAGAUGUUUUGCACAAAGGGGAAAGAAACUACUUGAUUCCUGAAACGACUGAAGACUUUCUUACCAUGUGGAAAAAAGUAGUACAUCGGUACAUCCCUUUGCCUUACUUUGCUGCAAGGUUAUUCACUGAAGUCAGAAAACCCUUCAAUGAAUUUUAUAAAAAAGUUUUACUAGACAUCACACACCCUGAUCAUCGUUUCCUCUUACAAAAUGUCUUGGAGGACAUUACAGUACCAGCUCUGGUCCUAUGGGGAGAGAAUGACAAGAUCAUCCAUGUUUCAUCCGUCAAUGUGAUGAAAGAAAAGUUAAAGAAUUCUCAAGUGCACAUAUUGGAUAGGUGUGGCCAUGCCUUAUCGUUGGAAAGACCGUGGAAGACCGCCAAACUAAUGAUGGAAUUUAUAUCUUCAUGUAAUUGAUGGUUCCCGAUGGUUCAUAGAUGUAAUAUUAAACAUUGAAUCAGCAUAUAUGAUGACAUAUUGCCGUGGUUUUCAUAAACCCGUGCAAUAGACUUCAACGCCGUUUUAGUGCAAUUGUUCUUAGGCUUUCAUCUUAGUAUUUAUAAUUUACUACACUUAAAAGCACUCCCUCCCCAGAAAAAACUGUAGGUAUUGUUCUCAGGGGCAUUUUAGAGACAAAAGACUGUUGUAAAGAUCAUUUGGUCGCACGCCUCUACGUGAAUUGAUGRUGAUAAAACAUCGGGAAUUCCACGGCCCGGGAAUUCACCGAUCCCUUCUUCGCCUAGAUUAAUCAUCAAACAAUGAGCAGUUUUCCCAGUGGAAUUGAAACUGCCCGAGCAACAAACACAAAAUCGAAUAUUUUUACUAAAUUCAUUAAGCCUUUCCUGAUAAAAAUUUAAAAAAAAAUUAACACAAGAAAGUUCAUACAUAUCGCAGCAAACGGUAUCUUUUCUAUGCUCUAUAUCAAAGGAAUAUUUUCGGCUUGUCCGACUUAGCAACAGUAACUAGACUAGGGAGGUAGGACAAUGAAUCGGGAUCGAUCAAUUGCGGUGCCGGUAUUUUGACUCGUCCUUUCGUACACCACGACUGUAGUUUUUUCACGUGUUUAUAAAAACCAAUUCUUAUUCAUACCAAGAUCCAGAAACUAAUAAACAUUGCGCUAUAAGCUUUAAUAUAAAUACUGAUGAAGAUAGAAUUAUGGAUGAAAUAUGGCUAKGAUUUAUAUGAAAACAGUAUCUGAUUGAAUUUAAAAAAAUGUCAAAUGGAUUAGAUUAUUAUGAAAAUAAAAAUCUCUGUAAGAAUGCCUAGGUAUUCCUGAAAA